AUGACCCGCCUUGUCAGAGCCUCAGGCUGCUUUCUCUUAUUCACGUUGUUCAUCUCUUUCUUCUCAUCCUCCUUGUUUGCCUUGACCAAUGAUGAAGCAUCUCUUAUCGCUCGUCGUCAGCUUUUGUCACUCCUCGAGAAUGAAGAGCUUCCCUACGGGUUCGAGUACAAGGUUGAUAUUAAUGUAACCUUUCCAAACCAAAGGUUGAGAAGAGCAUAUAUUGCCCUCCAGGCUUGGAAAAAGGCUAUAUAUUCAGACCCAUUUAACACAACCAGCAAUUGGGUUGGUGCCAAUGUGUGUUCUUAUAAGGGUGUGUUUUGCGCACCAGCUCUUGAUAACCGGAAUUUGAGUGUCGUUGCUGGUAUUGAUAUUAAUGGCGCUGAUAUUGCUGGCUACCUUCCACCUGAAAUGGGACUUAUGACAGACGUUGCAUUGUUCCAUAUUAACUCUAAUAGGAUUUGUGGAAUUGUCCCGAAUAGCUUCUCCAGGCUCUCACUUAUGUAUGAGUUUGAUAUCAGCAAUAAUCGUUUUGUUGGUUAUUUCCCUAAGGUUGUCUUGGCUUGGCCAAAUCUAAAGUAUCUUGACAUCAGAUUCAACAAUUUCGAAGGUUGUUUGCCUAAGCAAGUAUUUUUGAAGGGUCUUGAUGCUUUGUUUCUGAAUAAUAACCGAUUCAGAUGUAACAUUCCUGAAACUAUAGGAAAUUCUACAGUUUCUACUGUUGUUUUUGCAAACAACAAUUUCACAGGUUGCAUUCCGCAUAGCAUAGGCAAUAUGGCCAAUUUGAAUGAGAUUAUUUUCAUGGGCAAUGGCCUUGGAGGUUGCUUCCCGCCAGAGAUUGGAAAGCUUAAGAAUGCAACGGUAUUUGAUGUCAGCUUCAAUCAAUUUGCAGGGAACUUGCCGUCCAGCUUUGCAGACUUGAAGAACGUUGAGGAAUUGAUCCUUGCAAACAAUAAACUAAUUGGAGUUAUGCCUAAGAAUAUUUGCAAAUUGCCAUGCUUAAAAAAUCUUAACUUCUCUUUUAAUUUCUUCCAGGGAGAGGAUGAAGCUUGCUUGCAAGCUUCAAAAAAGGACAUUGUGGUGGAUGGUGAUAGUAAUUGCAUGGACAACAGGCAAAAUCAGAAGUCUUUAGACACAUGUCUUUCAAUACUGAGCAACCCGAUUAAUUGCAGCAAGGACAAGUGUGGUGGAGGAGGAGGAGAAAAACCACCAUCUCCACCGUUGGUUCUUUCCCCUCCACCUCUCCCACCAGUUCCAAUGCAAUCUCCACCUCAACCACCGACUCCAGUUCAAUCUCCACCACCUUCUGUGCAAUCUUCACCUCCACCUGUCCACUCACCACCACCACCACCUCCAGUGCACUCCCCACCUCCACCAAUCCCCUCACCUCCACCACCGGUGCUUUCUCCUCCUCCACCAGUCCAAUCACCACCCCCACCACCCCCAGUGCAAUCCCCACCUCCACCUGUCCACUCACCACCACCACCACCUCCAGUGCACUCCCCACCUCCACCAAUCCCCUCACCUCCACCACCGGUGCUUUCUCCUCCUCCACCAGUCCAAUCACCACCCCCACCACCCCCAGUGCGAUCCCCACCUCCACCUAUCCACUCAUCACCGCCGCCGCCGCCGCCGCCUCCAAUGCACUCCCCACCUCCACCAGUCCCCUCACCUCCACCACCGAUGCUUUCUCCUCCUCCACCAGUUCAAUCUCCUCCCCCACCACCCCCAGUGCAAUCCCCACCUCCACCUGUCCACUCACCACCACCACCACCUCCAGUGCACUCCCCACCUCCACCAACCCCCUCACCUCCACCACCGGUGCUUUCUCCUCCUCCACCAGUCCAAUCACCUCCCCCACCACCCCCAGUGCAAUCCCCACCUCCACCUGUCCACUCACCACCACCACCACCUCCAGUGCACUCCCCACCUCCACCAGUCCCCUCACCUCCACCACCGAUGCUUUCUCCUCCUCCACCAGUUCAAUCUCCUCCCCCACCACCCCCAGUGCAAUCCCCACCUCCACCUGUCCACUCACCACCACCACCACCUCCAGUGCACUCCCCACCUCCACCAGCUCCCUCACCUCCACCACCGGUGCUUUCUCCUCCUCCACCAGUCCAAUCACCUCCCCCACCACCCCCAGUGCAAUCCCCACCUCCACCUGUCCACUCACCACCACCACCACCUCCAGUGCACUCCCCACCUCCACCAGUCCCCUCACCUCCACCACCGAUGCUUUCUCCUCCUCCACCAGUCCAAUCACCUCCCCCACCACCCCCAGUGCAAUCCCCACCUCCACCAAUCCACUCACCACCACCACCUGUUCAAUCUCCACCGCCACCAGUACAUUCCCCACCUCCACCAGUCCACUCACCGCCACCACCAUUAGUCCCUUCUCCACCUCCACCAGUCCAUUCUCCCCCACCUCCCCCACCUGUCUAUUCACCACCACCACCAACUGCUUCCCCUCCACCUCCUCUUAUUAUCUCCCCACCACCAGCGGAUGACGUUGUUCUCCCACCACAUAUUGGCUUCCGCUAUUCAUCACCACCUCCACCAAUGUUUCCAGGCUACUAA